AUGGGCAGAAAAGCUUGGCGCAGACCUACUCCGCUACAAGGCCCAGCUUGGCCUCCUGAAAUGCCAUCUAUUUACCAAUUGACUGGAGACAACCUGACCAGCAACACCACAUCUAUGGGUGUCUGCAGGUACAAACCAACAUGCCCAAGAUAUUGGUGCUUUGCUACAAUGCCCUGUAUCCAACAAAAUGGCCAUGCAGCUGGACCUCGAGACGGGCUCCACAUGCUCCAUUCUAAACAUGGAGGAGCCACUAGACUUUCAGCAGUGGUGUUGACAACACUGAAGCACACACUCACUGAGGCACAGAUGUUCUCAGCUGAUAUCGACAUAGUCAAAACUGAGGUGCAAGCAGUGACUGCACACAUACAAGCCUCUGAAGAGGAUAUAAUAGACACACAAGCAGAUUUGAAGGGGGCACCCUUAAGGUAG